AUGGCGCGCACGGCCCCUUCCACCUCGAUCAUACCCUACUCUGGGGCCAUCCUUGACUUCAGCCCUCAAUCGUUCGCUGCCUGGAAGCCGCAAUGCCAGAACGACGGCAGCAGUAUUGGGAUCAUGCGGUACUACGUGGAUUCAGCCUACGUUCCUCCUACUCUCAAGAGCGAUGCCUUCACCAAAGACAAGGAAGCCCUGGACUACGAUCGAAUGACUAACCCUGACACCUACUCGCUCGACAACUACGAAGACGCCGGACUUGCCGCGAGAAAAGCAAUCGUGGCCAAGGCCAAAAGCGACACGCUACGCACAGUGACGACUGUAACGCUGGAGGAGAUGACUCGAUGGCUCGGGCAAACGUAG